AUGAAUUCAAUUUUGCUCGAAAAUCGCAUUAAAAUAAUUAAAAUCCACUAUGAAAAUGGUGGUUCUGUUAAAGUUACGUUUCGUAAAAUUCCUGAUAUUUUCGGACAACAUAAUCGUACUUCUGAGACCGCUAUUAAGAAUUUGGUCGCUAAAUUUGAAUCGACAGGCUCGGUACAAAAUGCGCCAACACCAACGCGUGUUCGACCGGGUCGUUCAACAGAAAACAUCGCAGCCGUGAGCCACAGUGUUGAAGAAGAUCCAACUUUGUCAAUUCCUCGACGUUCUCAACAAUUGGGAAUCGACAUCUGUCAGCGUGGUCGUGGUGGACAUUUGUCAGAUAUCAUUUUUCAUUCAUAA